AGUAGCGACUGCGUGAAGGUGUGCCUGUGUUCGUCGAUAUACAUUCGCUCGCGAUUUUCUAAAGCAAGCUACUAGAAUAGGCCAAACCGAUUGUGGAUACUCUGUUCCUAAAGUGUUUACAGUAAACCUGUACUUCCUAUAAGGAAGAACAUAAGGAUGAAGAAAGAGGAAGAGACAGCAGAACGGCCUGACAACACUGCAUUCACACAGCAACGGCUUCCAGCAUGGCAGCCCAUACUCUCUGCUGGUAUAGUCAUUCCUGGCUUUGUUCUCAUUGGUUUGGCCUUUAUAGGCAUUGGAAUAGCCCUCUUUCUGACUACACAGACCAUCCAAGUCCUGGAGGCAGAUUACACUGGCGUUGAGAAGGACUCCCCCUGUUACAGGUGUACGAAUAUGGUACAAAACUGCACCUGUGAAGUCACGUUCUCACUCAGCACACUGUUUACGGGCCCUGUCUUCUUCUACUAUGGCUUGUCUAAUUUCUACCAAAACUUCAGAAAAUACGGUGUGUCAAAAGACUACUAUCAGCUCACUGGUGAUACAAGUUACUUCAAGAGUCCACAAGAUUCCUGUGCUCCGUAUGCCUACGAUGGCAACAAAAAGCCCAUCGUUCCAUGUGGAGCUAUAGCAAAUAGCAUGUUCAAUGAUACGUUUGAGCUCUACCAAAUAGUCAAUGGUACAAAGAAGGUGGUGCCACUUGAUGGUAAAGGAAUCUCUUGGUGGACGGAUUACAACAUAAAGUACAGGAACCCUCUGCCUGUAAACCACUCCUUGGCGAGUGCGUUUGAUGGUACAGUGAAGCCCAUUAACUGGCCCGUGGCAGCAUAUGAGCUGGACCUUGUGGAUCUGAACAACAAUGGCUUCCUGAACCAGGACUUUCUUGUGUGGAUGAGGAGAGCAGCCCUUCCUCAGUUCAGGAAGCUGUACCGAAGAAUCACAGAUGGUGACUAUGCUGCGGGCCUCCCAGCAGGGAACUACUCUCUGACAAUCCAUUAUAACUUCCCUGUAGUGAGCUUUGAUGGACGUAAGAAGGUGGUUUUCAGCAACGUGUCCUGGAUGGGAGGGAAGAACGAGUUCUUGGGCAUCGCUUAUUUAGUGGUUGGCUCCUUGUGUGUGGUCAUGUCUGUGGUUAUGCUCAUUGUUUACGCUAAAUUCAAAUUCUCAGAUGAAGAUGGCAUGUGAUGAUGCAAGGCUUCAUACAUUCAUACAAAAAAAACAAGAAAGAAAAUUAAACAGACACUCAUUAAGGUGUAAACAGAUAUUGUUUUCUAACAACAUGAGAAUUUUAGUCAUUUAUUGUUAAUGAGUAAGAUAUUUUAGAAAAAGGUUGCGCAUGAGUUUUUAACUUCGGGUUAUAUGUUGUUUUUAAAUUCAGGAGUUUAUUAAAAGUUAUUUUUGUGUAAUGACAAGUUUUGUGCUUUAGUUUUCAGGAAACCCUGCUAUGACAAUGUUUAAAGAGCAAAAUGCUUAAAUGUAAAAUAUUUGAGUGAAUUCGAAUGGCUUAGAAUCUGGAGUUUAAAUUGGUUCUGUCAUUAUUCAGGGACUGUUACAGUUUUUAACAUAUGCUUAUUUAACUAUCUCAGGUUGUGUCAAAUAUGCACUAGAAUUUAAAUAGUUUAAUUCUUCCGAUAAAUAUGAAGUUGGGUAUGCUCUUGUCAUCUUUGUAAAGCUGAUUUACCAUAGUUUCUGUGGCCAAUACUCUAAACAGAUAAAGAAGCUCGUAAUGGUUUUGAAACUUAAGGAAUUCAUGACUGCAUGAUCUACAGUACAGACAUAGAACAUUUGGGAUCUCAGGUGCCAUGUUUAAUUGUAAAUGGUAUAGCUUUAUUUUUAGGGUAAUAUUUUGAGUUACAAUGGUUUGUGACUUGUAUAUUUUCUGUAAUAAAUGUUAUGCUGUU